UUGGUACAACGCCGUGAUGCAGAGGCCUGCUGGUGCGACAGCAGGGUGGCCUGGCAGCAUAUCCGGGUGUGACGACGUGUCAGUGGGAUGCCGUGAUGCAGAGAUGCGCUGGUGCGACAGUAGGGCGGCCUGGCAGCAUAUCCGGGUGUGACGAUGUGUCAGUGGGAUGCAGAGAUGCGCUGGUGCGACAGUAGGGCGGCCUGGCAGCAUAUCCGGGUGUGACGAUGUGUCAGUGGGAUGCAGAGAUGCGCUGGUGCGACAGUAGGGCGGCCUGGCAGCAUAUCCGGGUGUGACGAUGUGUCAGUGGGAUGCAGAGAUGCGCUGGUGCGACAGUAGGGCGGCCUGGCAGCAUAUCCGGGUGUGACGAUGUGUCAGUGGGAUGCAGAGAUGCGCUGGUGCGACAGUAGGGCGGCCUGGCAGCAUAUCCGGGUGUGACGAUGUGUCAGUGGGAUGCAGAGAUGCGCUGGUGCGACAGUAGGGCGGCCUGGCAGCAUAUCCGGGUGUGACGAUGUGUCAGUGGGAUGCAGAGAUGCGCUGGUGCGACAGUAGGGCGGCCUGGCAGCAUAUCCGGGUGUGACGAUGUGUCAGUGGGAUGCAGAGAUGCGCUGGUGCGACAGUAGGGCGGCCUGGCAGCAUAUCCGGGUGUGACGAUGUGUCAGUGGGAUGCAGAGAUGCGCUGGUGCGACAGUAGGGCGGCCUGGCAGCAUAUCCGGGUGUGACGAUGUGUCAGUGGGAUGCAGAGAUGCGCUGGUGCGACAGUAGGGCGGCCUGGCAGCAUAUCCGGGUGUGACGAUGUGUCAGUGGGAUGCAGAGAUGCGCUGGUGCGACAGUAGGGCGGCCUGGCAGCAUAUCCGGGUGUGACGAUGUGUCAGUGGGAUGCAGAGAUGCGCUGGUGCGACAGUAGGGCGGCCUGGCAGCAUAUCCGGGUGUGACGAUGUGUCAGUGGGAUGCAGAGAUGCGCUGGUGCGACAGUAGGGCGGCCUGGCAGCAUAUCCGGGUGUGACGAUGUGUCAGUGGGAUGCAGAGAUGCGCUGGUGCGACAGUAGGGCGGCCUGGCAGCAUAUCCGGGUGUGACGAUGUGUCAGUGGGAUGCAGAGAUGCGCUGGUGCGACAGUAGGGCGGCCUGGCAGCAUAUCCGGGUGUGACGAUGUGUCAGUGGGAUGCAGAGAUGCGCUGGUGCGACAGUAGGGCGGCCUGGCAGCAUAUCCGGGUGUGACGAUGUGUCAGUGGGAUGCAGAGAUGCGCUGGUGCGACAGUAGGGCGGCCUGGCAGCAUAUCCGGGUGUGACGAUGUGUCAGUGGGAUGCAGAGAUGCGCUGGUGCGACAGUAGGGCGGCCUGGCAGCAUAUCCGGGUGUGACGAUGUGUCAGUGGGAUGCAGAGAUGCGCUGGUGCGACAGUAGGGUGGCCUGGCAGCAUAUCUGGGUCUGACAAACGUCUCCGAGUGACGCCGUGUCACAACACAGCAGCCACUAUAAGGCACAGCAGUUGGUGCAGUAGCAAAUGGGGCCCAGCACUAGGGCUUUGUGUUCCCUCUGCCAAAGGGAGCCGCGUGCUGUCCGGAGGUGGUUGUGCGGGUUGCCAGCCGCCUCACAGGGCUGGCGCAGCGCCAUGCGCGCUGGUGGAGAGCAGGCGCUACUCACAGCCCGGCUUGGGCCCGGCUGCCUGCGGAUCAGUUGCCAUGGGAACCGCAGAGGGCGGCAGAGAGCAGCUGCCCCGGGCGUUACACGCCGAGCUUUAUUUCUCUGGCGGAGAGGGAGGCGACGCAUGGCUGGGUGGCGCAAGCAUGGCUCACGCUAACCCCGUGCCUAAACUUUACAGAUCAAUUAUUGAAGAUGUGAUUGAAGGUGUCAGGGAGCUCUUUGCAGAAGAAGGUGUGGAGGAACAGGUCUUGAAAGACUUGAAGCAGGUUUGUUGGGUUUGGGAAGCUAAGGUGACUCAGUCUAAAGCAACAGAAGGAUUCUUUAAACAUAGCCACCAUUCCCCCCAGUUUACCUUGCAGUUGCCACACAACUUACAUCGUGCUUUGCAGACAUCGACAGCUUCUUUAGUCAUCCCUGCUGGAAGAGGAAUUCAUCAGUUCACAACAGCAGACUUGGGUGCUUCACAAACUGGUGCGACUUUGACUCUCCCUUCGGGUAUUGCUUAUCCUAUCCAUGUCCCUGCUGGAGUGACUCUACAGACUGCAUCUGGGCACCUCUAUAAAGUAAAUAUGCCUGUAAUGGUUACACAUGCUCCAGGAGGUACAAGUAUUCUGCAGCAUCCUCUUCAGCAAAUAUUUCAGCAGCUUGGGCAACCUUCAGUACUGCAGGCCAGUAUUGCCACUGUUGCAAAUGUGAAUGCAUCAUCUGUUCAGGCAACUGCUGAAAGACUGUCAUCUCAGGAAGCCCUACUCCAGAAUCCUACUGUAUUCCAACAAAGGGAAGUGGAAGGAAAACACCUGGAAAACUCUGCAAAUCCUAUUGUAUUACAGGAACAUACUAGGAGGCAGCAGCAAGUUACAUCUAACACAAUGUUCAAUCAUCAGGCAGACUCCGCAGAAAAAUCCCAGUACACAAACCUUCAAACAGCUGUGUUUACUUCUUCUGAUGGGGAUUCUACCACUGAGCCAGUGGCAAAGAAUUCAUUCGGCAUAACUGUGCAAGACCAAUUAUCCACAGAGCCUCAAGAUUCAGUGCAGCAGCAGGUGUCUGAUGAUAUCAUUGAGAUGAUUAUUCUGGGUAAUGACUUGGAUGCUAAUGCCCUUCUAAAAGAGCAGGACAGCAUUUCUAUAACAGAAGAGAUGGAAUCUACUAUACAGAUGGAAUCUGACUUACACACAGAAAAGGAUACCUGCAGUGACAUUGAUGGGAUCAUUCAGCUAGAUGGAACUGAUGAUGUUUUUCCUAAAGAGGAAGUAGAAAAUACAAGAGAUGCGGAAGAGAAUGAAUUUAUUGGUAUUAUUGAUGCAGAGGAUCUGAAAGUGCUGGAGGAGGAAGAAGAUGGUGACAGUAUUUCAAAUUCUGAAUCCGGCAGCAGCAGCAGUGAUACUGAAGAGCCCCAAAUAGACAUAAUUGAGGAGGACCCUUUAAAUUCCGGUGAUGAUGUCAGUGAGCAGGACACACCAGACUUGUUUGACACAGAUAACGUAGUAGUAUGUCAGUAUGACAAGAUUCAUCGAAGUAAGAACAAAUGGAAGUUCUAUUUGAAAGAUGGAGUAAUGUGCUUUGGGGGUAAAGACUACGUGUUUGCAAAAGCCAUUGGAGAUGCAGAGUGGUAAAUUUAAUCCUCACCAGAAUAAGUGAAGCAUAUUUUUAUUACAAUAUAUUAUGUAACCUUCAUGAAACAACUGAACUUGCUAUGUUUUGCAAUUUAAAAAAAAUUAAAAUGAAACUGCAUUUGUUAAAUAAAAUAUACAAAAUUGAAAAUUUAGUUUUGUUUCUAAUAAAUGCAGAUUAAGACUGUUCUGUGUUCUCUGUUCUGUCUCUCCUUAUUUAUUUUGUUUCUUUUUUACUAAACAUGUAAUCAGAAUGAAUAGUUUGAAAUGAUUGUGUUGGAUCUGUAAAUGAAGUGACUAAAUGUAUAUAACUUCAACUCCUUUGUUCUCGAUAAGAAUUAAAAUACAAUAAUUUUUAAUGUUUGACUACAUAAUUCUUAGUGAUUUAUGUUAAAAGAAAUGAGACUGUAAAUUUGCUUUAAUUUCUAUGAAUGUUUGUUUUUGUUGAGAUACUGAUAUGUUUUAGCUACCCUCUUCCCUUAGCUUCAGUUUAAAGGCAGACCAGAUGUACUUCUCCAGCAGUAUCAGAUGCAAUCAGUGCAUUUUCUUCAGAUAUGACAUGUACUAAGGAGCAAUAAAUAGUCUAAUUAAAAAUGUGCCUAAUUGUCAGUCUAUACUAAUUCAUUUAACUUUGAUUCUGCACAUACUAAUUACAUUUGGAAUACACUAGUAAACUGAACAAUGUACAUCUACUGUGCCUAAUAAAGAGGAUACCGUAUCAUCUCAUACAUCCACUUAUGAAUUGUUCUUUUGGUUCUUCUUAAAAGUAAAUAAUGCUUUAAUAGGAAACACAUGCAUGCCAAAUAGGAGUUGGUAGUUAGAUGUACUAGUUAGGGAAGGUUAAAUCACUGUCCUAACAUGGGCCCAGUUCCAUUGCUCAAGGCUUUCUUUACUUACCUUGAAACAGUUGUUCAAUUCCAGUUUCCUACCUCUCAGGGUCUUGUCUAGCCCUUUCCCCUCCUCCCUCCCCCCCACCCGUCCAGCUGAGAUUUAUUCACAGCCAGAUCAGGACUCCUGCGGAGAAGUUGUGAAGAGCUCCUUUCCCGAAUCAAUUUCCCCCUUUGUGCUCCCCCGUCAGCAUGCCUGGCUGACAAUAGUAGUGAGCAGGAGCUGCUUAAAAUUGAAGGCUACAUCUGAUAGCAAGAAGAGCAUGCUAUAUUCUAGUAAUAGGCCCCUCCCUUCUCCUGUUUUUGCUGCCUCCUCAUCCUGCUCUGAGCUUUUUAAUGCAGACAGGAAAUACCAGUGACUAUGACAGGAUCCCUACAGGGAGAUGAAGAUAACUCAUUUGAGGUGUGCAGCUGAGCUACGAGGAGUGGGGACGGGGAGGCUGAAGGGAGAAGAUACACAAAAGGAAAAAUCCUAAUGACAGAAUGGAAAGAGCAAAAUCACCACCCCAGGUGGGCUGAAGGUAGUGGGGAUAGUGGGCAGAGAUUUGAAGUCAGUUGAUCUUUCUGUUUAUAGUACAAAUGAAGUACACCAUGACCUCUCAAGGGAGGAGGAGAGUCAUUCCUGGGGCAGUUUUUCUUCUGAUGGUCUGACAGGCCAACUCUUCAACUCAUAGAAUGCCUACCUGUUGACUCUAGUAACUCAUGCACACGAAUUGUUCCCACCCCACCCAUCUGGAAUGAUGAUCAAAACUUGAUAGGCCAUGGAGGAACAUCACCGUUCAAAGGAUUAGUUAAUGGUUCUGUUUUAUCCUUGGAGGAGUACAUGGAGAAGCCUCACUUCAUCACUUAAGUGUUGGAAGAGGGAAAUAAAAUAGUAGGGCUGUCAGUUAAUUGCAGUUAACUUGAGAUUAACUAAAAAACCUGUGAUAAAUUGCAAUUUUA